CCGUGGAUAACGGGUGCGUGGCCUACGCCCUCCGGACGGGAUUCAACACCUCCCAGGGGAAGCUGCUGCGGACGAUCCUGUUCGGGGUGCAGCGGGUGACGGCCAACAACCUGGAGACCUUCAUCUUCAUCCUCUUCCUCCUCGUCUUCGCCGUCGCCGCCGCCGCCUACGUCUGGAUCCAGGGAACCAAGGAUCCCAGGAGGAACCAGUACCGCCUGUUCCUGGAGUGUGCCCUGAUCCUGACCUCGGUGGUGCCCCCCGAGCUGCCCAUCGAGCUCUCCUUGGCCGUCAACACCUCCCUCAUCGCCCUCGCCAAGCUCUACGUGUACUGCACGGAGCCGUUCCGGAUCCCGUUCGCCGGGAAGGUCCAGGUUUGCUGCUUCGACAAGACGGGCACCUUGACCAGCGACCACCUGGUGGUUCGGGGCGUGGCCGGGCUCAGGUGGGGGAAGGGACCCUCAUCCCGAGGGAUUCCG